UUGUCAGCCUUCAUUACUAUUAUGAUAGAAGUUGCGCGAGCGCAACAACCGACUUAGACAUUAUCUGACUCGCGUAUAUUUUAUUAAAAAUAUUUAAGUGUUGACAAUUAUUGUGAGAACCAGUUCUAUUAUGUUUUGGUCACCUUUUUUGGUUUUAAUGGUCAGCGCUCUAGCAGCCGCUAUAAGAGUACCUACUGUAAAUAUAGAAGACAAUGACAAUGAUUCACCUAAAGUGGAGUCAAUAGAAAGUUUAAAUAAUAAACCAAUUUAUUACUCUUCGAGUGCAAAUUCACCAGAUGGAUUUUUAAUUCCGCCCAUUCCACAUAAACGUGAGGAAGUUUUGCGUGCUGUUAUGGCUACUCCGGCUACAUUUUUGUUGCCACCGUCCGGUGAGACAAUGAUUGACUACUAUAAACCGCCAGAGGCUGCUGAACAAAAUGAUUGGUAUCCAAUUGCGCCUGAACAACCUCAGAAUACACCUCAGCAUUUUAUUCAAAAUUCACCCGAAUUGACAGAAAUAGUGAUGAGUAACUUAAGAACUGGAAAAGUACUAGCGAAAGAUACGAGUGUUUUACCACCCACACCUGCUAGGGGCCUUUUGCCUCCUUUGGAAAAUGCUCUCAAUUUCUAUUUUGAUGAUGAUUCCGCUUUAAAGGAAGGUCCUUUAAAUCAAGAACAGUUAAAAUAUAAGAAACCUACCGCACUAUAUCCAAAGAAGGUUGUAGGGCAUUUCAAUCCUGUGCCUAUUCCUAUUGCGCAAUAUGUUGAUAAUAUAGCAGAAAUUCCAAAGGCUAAACCAAUAAGAACAUUUAGACCUCUUUCGGGUGUUGAAGGUGUAUACUUAACGCCAUCGGACGAAAAGAAAAUCUAUUUAUACAAACAGGAGGAACAAAAACGAAAGUUAAAGAACGAAAAUGAAGAAGAACAGAGGGUAGUUCCUACUGAAGCUAAUAAUGGCAAUGAAAGUAAAAGGAGACCUUCAGAACAAGAGACUUCAGAAACGAAUAACCACCAGCCCAAACGUGAUUUUCAUCCCGCUCCAGUGAAGCAUGCAGCAAAGCGGCCGGUAUAUGUUCCUGCAAAUAAAAAAGGCGAGAGGACUGAAUUCCGAAUGCACGGAAUGAAUGGACCACACAGUUAUCAGUUUGGAUUUGACACUGGCAAAGGGAAAAAUCGGCAGUUCCGUUAUGAGGAGCGCGACAACGACGGUCACGUAAGAGGCCACUACGGUUACGUGGACAAACUGGGCAAACUGCGGGUUGUCAACUAUGAUGCAGAUCCAAAGUUAGGUUUUAGAGCAGACCCACCGGUUGUUCAGGAAUGAUUGAAUUUAGGGUUAAAAAUGAUAUAUGAAUUAAUAUUAUGUUUAACGUCAUGGAGGUUGAAGGUACCUAAUUAUACUGAAUACCGUAAAUA